UAUAUAUAUCAAGAUCAUUAUUAUCAACUUGAACACGAUUUACAUUAAUCAAUUUGACCGGAACGGAUCCAUCAGCAACCGCUAGAUCCAGAGUCUAUUAACUUUCGUCUAGUAUCCACCCAAACAAACAAAAUGUCAAAUAAACUGGCUGGAAAAGUGGCAUUAAUCACGGGGGCUUCGUCGGGGAAUAAGUUCAUCCUCAUCAAUUGAGCUCCCGCGCAUUGCUGUGCUGACCUAGAAUGCACAAUUCAGUCGGUCGCGCGAUUGCCUUGGGUUUGGCGACACACGGUGCCAAAAUUGUAUGUUGCGAUUUGCAAGGCCAAGCCAACCAAGAAGGCUACGAGCGCGACCUGGAAAAGACCACAGCUGAAGCAAUUGCGGCUAGUGGAGGAGAGGCCAUAUUCGUUCAAGCCGACAUUUCAAACACGCAGCAGGUUGAAGAAGCCUUCCGCUUGGUCAUCGAGACAUUUUACCGGCUGGAUAUCCUUAUCAAUUGCGCCGGUUAUGGGGCAUCAUUCACCCUCUUUGCCGAUGAGUCGGAGGACUUGUGGUCAAAGAUGGUUGCUGUAAAUACCCUCGGAACUGCUAGGAUGAGUCGUAAGGCCGUUCGUCAAUUCAUCGAGCAGGAUUACAAUACCAACUGGGGAAGUCGCGGGCGAAUUAUUAACAUCUCAUCCUGCGCCGGCGUAUUUGGGUUCCCAGGCUAGGUUGCAUACUCUGCGACGAAGGCGUCUAUUAACCAUAUGACGAAAGUAGGAGCCCUGGAUUAUGUAAAAGACUAUAUCAACUUUAAUUGCGUUGCUCCCGGCGUGGUUGCGACGGGUAUGGCUAGACAGAAUUUUGAGGAUAGUAAGAUCCACGACGUGUUGAGGAGAGCAACCCCAUGGACGAGGCUUGGUGUUGCUGAGGAUGUUGCGGGAGUGGUUGUAUUUCUCUGCCUGCCCGAGUCUCAGUGGAUAACUGGCCAAGUUAUCUCCGUAGAUGGAGGUAUGACUCUUGGUGUAUCACCUACUCCAGAGGAGUGACCACGGAAGCUGUCAAUCCAGGCAACGCAGCGAUAUAUAGAUACUCUAUUGUUGAUACUAUUGGUGUUUUUUUUAUAUUGUUGAGCUUCUAGUCCCCCCUCUGGGUAUGUGUGUACUAGGGCACCCUAACCUCUUGA